AUGAAAUGUAUUCCAAAGAGGACUUCAAAGGCUCAGAGCAAAGCAAAAGGAGAGUCGUUGGAAUUGUCAUUUGUAGGAGCUGACCAGUUGAUUUUAAUGGUGGAGAUCCAUAAGAAGAUCUUGGCAUUCAGAGACAUCAUGGACCUUGCUCCAUGUAACAGCUCUGCUUCCUUACGUGAGAUGGUUAUGAAAACCCUGCAAGAUCUUCAAGUGCUAUACCCAGGGAUCAUACCAAAAAAUGAAGUCUUAAAGAUUAAGGGCAAGCCUAUGGACAAGGCUAUGGCGUAUUUCUGCAAGGCUUUGAAGUCUAUUGGAGAGUUAUGGAUUGUGAAUAAUAAUUGGAUGAAGAAGCUCAAUGUUGUGUUACCAAUAUGCAAGGAUAACAGCAAUAUGCGUCAAUUAGGUGAGACAAUGUUGGCCACUCUAGAUGCUCUGAUGAAGUUAGCAAGUGACCAGUUUGACGUAGAGGAAGAUGAGCAUAAGAAAGAACUCAGCCCAAGAUGUAGCUCAUAUGGAAAAUAUAUAAUGCGAUCAACCUCCUUUUCAGAUAGCAGCUACUCUUACUGCUCUUCUCCUCCCACACCUAGAUCUGUUCUCCCAGAGUUGACGAAACACCCUACAAAAUCUGGAGAUAGUCCAAGAAGUUCUUGUGCCUCACCGCUGCUUCUGUCUCUCAGAGUUCAAGCUGUGGGAAAGUUGAACCCAAUUGACGUAAAGCGCUUGUCUUUCCAGAUGUCACCAGCACAGGUUCACAAGAUAGAGGAGGAAUCAUCCACCAGAGAAACGGAAGAGGAUGACAAAGCUACAAAUCAUGGAAAAGACUCACCAGAAGAACUGGUGUUUCACUUGGACACAACUGAGGAAUUGGAUAGUCCAACUAAUGAUCAUAAAAAAGCAACUAAACCCUUUGCUAUAAAGGAGGUGAGGCUAUCAAUAUCUUCCAGUCACACAGAACCUCAACCAAAAUCUCCUAAACUAGAAAAAGCACCUCUUGUACAGCAAGAAUCACUACCUGUAUCUUCACCUUCAAUUACACCCCCACCAUCCAUUCCACAACCUCCCCCACCACCUUCCCCACAAUCCAUGAUAAAGAUGCAGAUUAUACCAACUCCACCACCACCCCCUCCAUCUCCUUCACCAUCCAAGAUGAUGUCAAGUGUAUCAUUGCCACCCCAAGUACCAGCACCACCUCUGCUGCAGCCCAAUGUAGCAGUGUCACCAACACCACCUCCACCUCCACCAUCAGCACCUAAACUGGAGCAAACUGAAGUAGAAAUUAGGAUGCCUACAACCCCAUCACCACCAAGGCCUCCAAGUUCAGGUUCAGUAACAAAUGCUGCUCCUCCGCCACCACCACCACCACCACCCUCAUUGCCUCCAAGUUCAGGUUCAACAACAUCUGCUGCUCCUUUACCACCUCCAUCACCAAAUCCCUUGAAAGGGGAAUCAGUUCCAGCACCUCCCCCACCCAAUCACUUGACAGGUGGAUCAGUUCCAGCACCUCCACCACCCAAUCCCUUGACAGGUGGAUCAGUUCCAGCACCUCCCCCACCCAAUCCCUCGACAGGUGGAUCAGUUCCAGCACCUCCCCCACCCAAUCACUUGACAGGUGGAUCAGUUCCAGCACCUCCACCACCCAAUCCCUCGACAGGUGGAUCAGUUCCAGCACCUCCACCACCCAAUCCCUCGACAGGUGGAUCAGUUCCAGCACCGCCACCACCCAAUCCCUUGACAGGUGGACCAGUUCCAGCACCUCCCCCACCCAAUCCCUUGAAAGGUGGAUCAGUUCCAGCACCUCCACCAGCCGCGCCAGGUGGUUCAAAGGCAGGUGCCCCACCGCCACCUCCUAUUGGAGGAGGGAGAAGCUUGAGCGCUAAGGCAACUAGUAAGUUGAAAAGAUCGACUCAUCUAGGCAACCUGUAUCGAUCUCUAAAGGGAAAAUUUGAAGGGUCUACCGUGAACGUAAAAUCUUCUUCUGGCAAAAAAGGUGGGGUUGGAGGAGCAAGCACAGGAGGGAAACAAGGAAUGGCUGAUGCUCUUGCUGAGAUGACAAAAAGAUCCUCUUACUUCCAACAAAUAGAAGAAGAUGUUCAGAAAUACACAAAGCAAAUCUUGGAGCUGAGAUCUACCAUUACUAAUUUCAAGACAAAAGAUAUGACAGAAUUGGCCAAGUUCCACAGAGAUGUUGAAUCCGUUCUUGAGAAACUAACUGAUGAAUCGCAGGUGCUAUCGCGGUUUGAAGGAUUCCCCACAAAGAAGUUGGAAGCUUUAAGAAUGGCAGCAGCACUGUACAAUAAGUUGUACUCAAUACUUACGGAGCUUCAAAAUUGGAAAGUAGAGCCUCCAAUGACUCAGCAACUGGACAAGGUUGAGCGAUAUUUCAGCAAGAUUAAAACAGAGCUGGAUGCUCUGGAACGAACCAAAGAUGAAGAAGCUAAGAAAUUCAAGGGUCACAACAUCAUAUUUGACUUCCACAUUCUCGUAAAGAUCAAGGAAGCAUUGGUGGACGUUUCUUCCAAUUGCAUGGAGUUAUCUCUUAAGGAGAAGGGCAACGCCGGUGCUAAGAAGGAUGGAGCAAAAAAGGAAGGUGUAUCACUGCUUUGGAAAGCUUUUCAAUUUGCAUUCCGGGUCUACACAUUCGCUGGUGGCCUUGAUGAUCGUGCUGACAACUUAACAAGACAAUUGGCUAAAGAGAUAGAGAGUGAACCCAACCAAGCAUAA